AUGGAGGCGUCGGGGAACGAGGACAAGAAAGCAAGGUAUGUUUCAAGUGAAGCUGCAGAUGCUGAGCGAUGGAUGACGCUGGCGCGGGAAGUGAGUACGCUGGACAGAACAUCGUCUAGUAAAACCGGCUCACUCACCAUCGUAGGAUCGGGUAUAAAAAGCGUGAGCCAUUUUACGUUGGAAGCAUUAUCAGAACUUAAGUCAGCAAAUGACGUGUUCUUCUGCGUGGCAGAUCCAGUCACUGAGAGAUUCAUAAAGAGACUACGCCCAGACGCGCUUGAUUUGUACGUGUUUUAUGACGAUGAUAAAAACAGGAUCGUCACGUACGUUCAAAUGGCAGAAAUUGGUCUCCAUCAGGCUAGAAAGGGUCGUCACGUCUGUAUGGUAUUUUAUGGGCAUUGUGGUGUAUCUGUCCUUCCGUCACAUAGAGCUCUUCAUAUUGCCAAAAAGGAAGGGAUCCCAACAAAGCUGUUAGCAGCUGUGUCGACAGAAACAUGUCUUUUCGCUGACUUGGCUAUUGAUCCAUCGAUACCAGGACUUCAGACACUAGAGGCCACAGACUUUCUCAUCCGAAAUCGACCAAUCAGCACAGACUUUCACGUCGUGAUCUGGCAGGUAGGGUGCGUUGGGGAUAUAGGAUUCCGUCGGAAGGGGUAUGAGAAUGACCAUCUUAUUAUCCUUAUAGAAAAACUUCAAGAUAUAUAUGGGAAGGAUUACGAAAUCAUCCACUACCUUGCCGCUCAUUAUCCUGUCACAUCACCGAAGAUUCGGCGUGUUGGCCUCAGUGACCUCCUCAAUCCAGAAGAAAUGAAACAAGUGACGGGAAUGUCUACCUUUUAUAUUCCACCAAAGACCUCGAGUCAGCUUGAUAUAGACAUGGCGCUAAGACUAGGCAUAAUCAGGGAAGAUUCACCUGCUAAAUCGCUCAGACCUGGACAUCGCGUCAUAGACGCAUAUACUGACAAAGAAAAAAAAUAUAUCAAGAGUUUGGCUGACUGGAAAGUACCAACAGAAUACUCGUAUGCCGAGGAGACAGAACUUUCGAGCAUUCUAACGGAUCUCAGUCUUAAUCCAGUCUUCUUGAGGCAUUGUAGGAAGAAGGGGUACCCUAAGCUGUCAGAUAAGGCUGAGGACGACGCUCUUAAUUCUGGACAUCACGCUCGGAUCCGCUGUGUCCUCAAGCCUAGCAGAACUGUUAAACAGGCGCAGGCGGAGUUGUCCCAACACCAAGAUCGAUCGAUAGGGCACUGCCAAACAAUGAAACAGGCGACUCCACGGAAGUCCUACAUUCCAAAACAUAUCAACCCCAUCUUUGUCUUCAACGACAUUGACAGCGACGAUGAUAACGGUGGCGAUAAAAGAAACGGGUCGGUCCCAUUAGGAACUGGAGAAUUAGCCGAGACUGAAGUCACUUCAGACAACGAACACAUGUAGCUCCAGUAGAGGUCUAUCAACCGUAAUGACUUCAGAAAAGAAAAUAUGAGAGGAAAAAGAACAAAAAGAUUAAUUGAAAUAGGGUGACUAUGAAGACCAUAUAAAUUAUUGAGUUUCUUGCAUUUAUUACAUUCAAACUGAUUUUGAAAUAGAUUACAAAUUAUACUUUCUGCUCAUUGGCAAGUGCUUAUAUAUUGAAAAUACCCUCGGCCAUAUCACAAUGUACGUGAAAUUAAAACAUGACCAUGUCAUCAAGGCUAAAAUGUCGAGAUAGCCAAUGUGUUUCAAUCAUGAGCUACACGCGCGUCUUAGAGUACAUGUCAGCACGUCUUAGUGUACAUGUCAGCACGUCUUAAUAUACAUAUCAACCCGUCUUAGUGUACAUACCGGCCUGUCUUAGAGUACAUAUCAGCACGUCUUAGUGUACAUAUCAACCCGUCUUAAUAUACAUAUCAACCCGUCUUAAUAUACAUAUCGGUCUGUCUUAGAGUACAUAUCAGCCUGUCUUAGUGUACAUAUUGGCCUGUCUUAGAGUAAAUAUCAACCCGUCUUAAUAUACAUAUCAACCCGUCUUAGAGUACAUGUCAGCACGUUUUAGUGUAC